AUGAUCUGUCUCGAGACUCAGUAUUUUAAUUUGAAUAGGAUUCUUCUGCUAGCUAUUGGCGUAUGGCCCUAUAAACAAUCGAACUUCACUCGAUUUCAAUUCAUUUUUUUGUUUACUAUUUUAACUACAAGUCUUAUAUUUCAGUGUACACCAUUUAUUUCACAAAAAUGUACUCCGGAUUUCGUUGUCAAAGUUUUAUCUUCCGCAUCUUUCUUUGCUCUCUUUGUGAUAAAAUAUAUCAUGUUCUACGUUAAUAUCAAAGCUGUGAAAGAUUUACUGGAGCAGUUACAGCAUAUACAUAAUGAGUUAAAAGACAAAAAUGAAUUUGCUAUCAUAAACGCAUAUGGAUGCAGUGCCAAACGUUGUACCGCCGCACUUACGAAUAAGAUGUUUUUAGAUUUUCAAAACGUAUGUGCUAUUUGCAGCAUAUUUGCUCUUAUCAUCGCUGAGUUUUGGUCGAGAAUCCUCGAUAUUAUAUUACCAAUGAACGUAUCUCGAUCGUAUAGCUUACCGAUUACAAUGGAAUACUUCGUCGAUCAAGAAACAUAUUCCUAUUGGAUUCUGCUAUAUUUUAAUGUAUCAUUCUGCAUCGGAGCAACUGCAAUGGUAGGAAUAGGAGCAACGCUUAUUGCGUAUCUUCAACAUACCUGUGGCAUGGUUAAAAUUUCCAGUUAUCGUAUUAAACGCGCUAUGCACAUUAAUAUGUUAAAAAAUAAUAAACUUAACAAUGAAAUUUUAAUAUUGCAAAGGAUAAUUAGUGUCGUAAAUAUUCAUCGGCAAGCUAUGAAGUUAAUUUUUCAAAUCGCAUCAUACGGAGAUGAUGUCAAGGAAAUUUUAUUUCCCUUUACAUUUGUAACAAUUUGUAUCUUAUACAUGUUUAUAGCCAAUUAUGUUGCGCAGGAUUUAACAGAUCACAAUAAUGACCUUUUUGCUACUGUAUACAACGUUCAGUGGCAUGAAGCUCCGUUACGUAUACAAAAAAUGAUACUAUUUAUGCUACAAAAAGGGGCCAAAGAUUUUACUGUAGGUGUCGGUGGACUAUUUGUUGGAUCGUUGGAAUGUUUCGCCACGCUGGUAAAAACUUCGGUUUCUUAUUUUACUGUCAUAUAUUCAACGCAAUAA